GUGAUGCAAUAGCCCGGGCACGGGGGCGCGGGGGGCUCGGCCCGGCCCGGCGCGGCACGGCACGGCACGGCACGGCACGGACCCGCCGCGGGGAUGCUUUUCCCGGCCGCCGCUGUGUUGGGAGCGCCCCGAUGCUUCGGCAGGCGCUGAGGGCCGGGAGGAGGAAGGAGGCAGAGGCGGCGCCCGGGAUGGAGCGGCCGGCGGCGGCGCGGCGGGGCCGCGGACCGGGCCGGGAGCACGGGAGGUAGCGCGGAGCGGAGCAGAAGUGCUGCGGAUCGGGCGGUCAUGGAGGGAACCCGGCAGAGCAGGAUCUGCCGCCCGCACAAGAUAAGUGAAUCCUCGAAGGUGUACAGGUGGGAUGACCACUCCAGUCUGGUUCUGCAGAGCCUGAACGAGCAGAGGCACCGAGGCCUCUUCUGUGACAUCGUGCUGGUGGUGGACGAGCAGAGAGUCCCGGCCCACCGGAACCUCCUGGCUGUGUGCAGUGACUACUUCAACUCCAUGUUCACCAUCGGCAUGAGGGAGGCCCACCAGAAGGAGGUGGAGCUUUUCGGAGCCUCCUACAUCGGUCUCAAGGCCGUGGUGGAUUUCCUGUACGGCAGCGAGCUGUCUCUGGACGGAGGGAACAUCGACUACGUGCUGGAGACAGCUCACCUGCUGCAGAUCUGGAAGGUGGUGGACUUCUGCUGCGAGUACCUGGAGAACGAAGUCAGCGAGGAGAAUUACCUGUACCUGCAGGAGCUGGCCUCCAUCUACAACCUGAAGCGCCUUGACUCCUACAUCGACUCCUUCAUCCUGCAGAACUUCGGCACGCUGUCCUUCACCCCGGACUUCCUGCAGAACAUCUCCCUGCAGAAGCUGUGCCAGUACCUGGACAGCAGCGACGUGCAGCAGGAGUGCGAGCACGACCUGCUGCAGGCCGCCCUGCAGUGGCUCACGCAGUACCCGGAGCGGGAGAACGAGGCUUACCAAGUGCUGGACAACAUCCACUUCCCCCUGAUCCCCAAGAGCGACCUCCUGCACCGGGUGAAGCCUGCCGUGUGCUCGCUGCUGCCCAAGGAAGCCAACUGCGAGGGCUUCAUCGAGGAGGCCGUGAACUACCACAACAACGUGGCGGCGCAGCCGGUGCUGCAGAGCAAGCGCACGGCGCUGCGCACCUGCGAGGAGCGCCUGCUCUUCGUGGGCGGGGAGGUGUCGGAGCGCUGCCUGGAGCUCUGCGAUGACACCUGCUUCCUGGACACCAGGAAGGGACAGUGGGUGGCAGAAACGCCUCUGCCGGCCCGGCGGAGUCAUCACUGCGUGGCGGUCUUGGGAGGAUUCAUCUUCAUAGCCGGGGGCAGCUUUUCCCGGGACAAUGGAGGGGAUGCGGCGUCAAAUCUCCUAUAUAGGUAUGAUCCCCGCUGUAACCAGUGGAUAAAGGUUGCCUCCAUGAGACAGAGACGAGUGGAUUUCUACCUGGGAGCCAUCACUGACAUGCUGGUGGCUGUUGGUGGCAGGAAUGAAAACGGAGCCCUGUCUUCAGUUGAGACCUACAGCCCUCAGAAGGACUCCUGGACAUACAUAGCAGGACUGCCCAGGUUUACCUACGGCCACGCUGGCACCGUCUACAAGGAAUUCGUGUACAUUUCGGGAGGCCACGACUACCAGAUCGGCCCCUACAGAAAGAACCUGCUGUGCUACGACUACCGCACGGACGUGUGGGAGGAGAAGAGGCCCAUGAUCACUGCCAGGGGCUGGCACAGCAUGUGCACCCUGCAGGACAACAUCUACUCCAUCGGCGGCAGCGACGACAACAUCGAGACCAUGGCGCGGUUUGACAUCCUCAGCGUGGAGUCCUACAGCCCCCAGUGCAACCAGUGGACCAGAGUGGCCCCUCUGCUGCAAGCCAACAGCGAGUCGGGGGUGGCGGUUUGGGAAGGCAAGAUUUACAUCCUGGGAGGCUACAGCUGGGAGGAGGCUGUCUUCUCCAAAACAGUCCAGGUCUAUGAUAAGGAGAAAAAUAAGUGGUGCAAAGGGACGGACUUGCCCAAAGCGAUUGCCGGAGUGUCCGCGUGUGUCUGUGCCCUGAAACCCAAAACAGAGGACAAAAAGAAAAAGAUAAAAACAAAAAAACAUCAAGAUCGAGGAAGAUGACCACUCCUGGAUAGCCACCCUUGGAUGGUGGGCUCCUUGUGUUUAGACAUUUCUAUCUAACCUUUAUUCUUUUUCUUUUUAAACAGGGUGGGGAGGGCAUCUUCUGAAGCCUCAGAAAAUGUACACUUGAAUGUGGUUUUUGGAUUAAACUCAUGUUUAAGGUAAAAACAACAAAAGAAACCAAAAACUCCCCCUCUUGCUCUACAAAGGGUGAUGCGGCCAGAGAGGUUCUGCCGAUCUCUCCUGAAUGUCAAGGCUUAGGCUUCUCCUUCUGUGGUUCAUGGCAUUUCCACAUACAUCGUAUUAUAUCGACGUUUUAAGGAAAUUUUUAAAAACAACUUUUAUACUUUUUUAUACCACAUUUUGCUAACUCAGUCUCUCGUUUGCCAUGUAUUAUGUUGUUGACUGUGGAAGCUGCUGCUCCGUGCUCGUGACCCCGUUGUUGGUGUCAGGAUCCUCGUGUGGUGAUCUUUGGUCUCUGUGUGGCUUGGCCAGGACGCGGUGCAGCUGCUGGAGCAGCGCUGGCAUUCCCAGCAUUGUCAGGCAGUCAGCUGGAAUUGGGACUAUUGUCACAAUUCCAGCUCCCCCAGAGCCCAGCUCGCCAGCCAUGCCCAUAAACACCCUUUAUUUCAGUGACUGCUGAUCUGCUGAGUGGAUUUCAAGGGCUUUGGUUUGAAGUUCAGCUGUUGAUCGUUGCUGUUAUUUUUUCCUCAGUCCUCCUCUCCCACGUUCCUUUCCAUGAAUUUCAGAUUUGCCUUUUCUCCCACCUGGUGUAUGUGCAGGUGAUAUCCUGCUACCCUCAUUCUUUUGUCUUUUCUUCCCCCCUCAAACUACUUACCUCAAUAAUUAGAAAACACUAAGAAAACAUUUUUGCACUUAAUUUCAUUUGAAACUCUGGUGAAUCAAAAACCUACUACAAGCACGUGUGUAUCAAAAGAGGUAACAAUAAAUUUCUGGAGUGCAAGGAGGUUAUAGGUUGUUUCUUCAAUGCUAAGAAAACUAGUUGGAAUUAAUUUUCUGAAACUCUUUGAGGUGGUUUUUUUUUUUUUGGUGUUUUUCUUUAAUUUAAAAAAAAGCCUCAGGAGUCAAUCUUUCAUUUGCAUUAAUGGAUUUAUUUUAAAGCCUUUGUGUACUGCAUGAGGUAAUGGUUAUUCUUUUUUAGCCUAAAAAUAAAUUUCAAACAAAACCAAAAAAAAACCCAAAUGAAACAUUUUGGUUAUGACAAACUCAUUGACAAGUUUUUGGGGUUAUUUUUUAAAUAUCUGAAAUCCUUGCUAUGUUGACUGACAACUACUUAACUUUUUGGGAACAUUUCAUGUGUAAGUAUAGAACAAAAAUUUCAAAGACUUGCUUUUUUUCUGUUACUGGGUUGCUUGUUACUAUAUCCCCUCUUUUAAUGUGUUUAUGUAUUACAUUAAUGUCUGGGAACAAUAAAUCCCGUUUAGAAUAUUCUAUUCAUCACA